AGUGGAAGAAGAGGGUUGCCAUGGACAGUAUUCAACCACACUAAGGAUUUAGCGCCUGUUCUUUCAUAAUCACGCUUGGGGGAGAGAUGUGGGCUCCGUCGUCUGAAUCGGACCUGAUAAGAAAACAUUUGUCCCCCCGAUGAAGCUCUUGUUUCCAAAGUGACAGAUGGAUCCUGAAGAGGUCCCGGUGGAGGGGGCCUCUCCUCCGGGACUCAGUCCGGGUCUCGGUCCGGGGCAGGUGCAGGAGGACCUGGUUCAGCAGCUCCGGGACUGUGAGGCCAAACUCCAGUCAGCCACAGAUGAGCUGCAGACCCUCCGGACGCAGCAGGCCAACGAGAUGGAGGAGGUUGAGAGCUACGUGGCCCAUAUCCGAGGCCUGCUGGAGGAGAGAGAGAGUCUGACUGCGGACUACGAGAGGGACAAUGAACAGUUGCGUCUGGAGCUACACCACAUUCGAGAGCAGCAGGAAGUGGAGAGUAAGGAGUUGGCGGAGAUGCUGGCUCAGAAGGACCUGGGGGAGAUCGGGCUGAGCACUCCCAGUGAGCUGGUGGCCUAUCUGCUGGUGGAGAGGGCCACGCUGCUGGAGAGACUGGAGGAGACGGAGAGGAGGCUGGAGGGACAGAGUCUGGGCGAGGAAUACAGGGAAAUGCAUUUACAGGAGAUGGAGCACUUGAGGCAGUCUGUGGGCGAGGGGCUGUGGACGCAGAAAGAGGAAAUGCAAAAGACAAUGGAGAACAUGGCCAAGCAGUGCCCCACCCAGAGUCCGUGGAAGAAGCUGUUUGGUCUUCGCAGAUCUGGUCAGAGCAAAUACAAUCUCACCCCUGCUCGGAUAGAGGAGAUAACCCAGGAGCGUAUCGAGCGGCAGAGGCUGGAGCGGGACCUGGAGGAGGCGUCUCGGAGACUGGCCAUGGCUCAUCAGGACAUCAGGAGACUCACCAACGAACUGGACACGGCCAAAAACAAUAACACGGAGUCCAGUGACAUGAUGAAGCUGCAGAAAGCCAAAGAUCAAAACGACAAACUGGACUCUGAAAACCGAGCUCUUAGAGACAAGAUCCACACGUUAGAGGCUGAGAAGAGGAACCUAAUGGAAAAGAUUUCCAGGAACAGCAACCCAGAUGUUUCUUCCAAAGAGGAGCAGGGCUUUGGUGAAGAACCAACUGUGAAUAAAUCUGCCUUAUUCACCAGUGACAGUGAUCCCAUUCACAGACGGUGUCAGGCGGCUGUGGAGGACGGUCUGGUUCAGCUGAAGGAUCUCCAGAGGCAGCUGCAGAGACAGAAGAAGGAGAAGGAGGAGCUGGAGGAGAGGAACGAGGAGCUGGAGGCGUUACUGGGAGAGACUCAGAACAGCAGCCGUGAGGAGAGGCACCGGCACGAGGGGGAGGUGGAGGGGCUGCACAGGAGGAUUAAAAGUCUUGAAGCCGAACUAAGGAAGCACGAGGCUCAAGAGCAUCCUCUGAAGAACGGAGAAGAGGUCAAGACCGAGUCCUACUUACAACUGCAUCUCAGAGACAGCAGUCAGGAGAGACUGGCUCUGCUGGAGGCCCGUCUGACAGAGGAGAAGGACUGGAGGAAACAGCUGGAGGUGGAUCUGAGCUCGGCCCAGACGGCUCUAAAGAAGGACAAAGAGGCUCUCCAAGCAGCUGAAAGAGAGCUGAAGAAACUCAAGAUGGAGGUGAACAGUCUGCAGACCGAGUGCCAACAGGGAAAGACUCUGAUCAAGAGCCUCACGCAAGUCAAAGGAGAGAAGGCGAUCCUGGAGGAAAAGAUGGCUCAGUUGGAGCGAGCUCACACCCGGCUGCAGACUGAACUGGAGCGAGUGAAAGAAGAUGAGAGAACUAAAGAGGCUCAGAGAGGAAACAGUAUUCAGAUAGAACAUUUACAGCAACAAGCCGAUCGACUGAGAGGUGAAGUGGACAGUCUGCAGUCUGCUUACAACAAACUCAGGGAUGAGAUGGUCUCGGAGCGGCAGCAGACCUCCGAGCUCCAGGACAAACUGAGCGCCAGUGUCCAGGAGAAGAUCAGCGCUGAGGGGGAGAAGGAGAGGCUUCAGCUGGAGGUGCAGCGUCUGAACGAACAGCUCAAGUUACACAAAGAACAACUGGAGUCCAGCAAAGAAGCUCUGACCACACAGAGGGUCCAGACAGAGGAGAGGCUCAGCCCAGUGAGGAGCACCCGAGAGGAGGGCUCCAAUGAGCUCUUCCAUCUGAAGCAGGAGCUGAGUCAAGUCCAGGCCAAACUGGACCGAGAGCGAGAAGUGUCUUCCCAACACCAGCUGGCUCUGCAGGCCCAGCUCAGCGAAGCACAGGCUCGUGUUAAGUCCCAGGAUUCUGUGUUGAACCAAAGGGCAGAGGAGGCUCGUCAGAUGAAGCAGGACCUGCAGAGAGCCCAGAAUCUGUUCACUUCAGCCGAACGAGAGCUGAGAUACGAGAAGGAGAAGAACAUGGACAUCAAGAAACACAACACACUGUUAGAGCAGGAGAAACUCAAGCUGUGUGCAGAACUGAAGCAGCUCCAGACCAAACUGAUCCACACGGAGCAGAGCGUCCAGUCCCAGAUCUCCGAGUGCACCCGACAGCAGAACAGGGUCAGAGAGUUGGAGCUGGAACUGGCGCGCUCCACCUCCAACCGCAGCGCCACCACCAGCCUCCAGGAGGAACUGCAGGCCGAGAGAGCGCGCCUCAUCGUCGCUGAUAAGAAGGUGGUGGAGUUGCAGCAGCAGUUGAAGUCAGCUCAGCACAUGUUGCGUUUGGAGGAGGCUCGGGCCGGAGAGAGCAGCCGUUUGGAGAGAGACAGCAGAGACCUGAGCGACGCUCUGUCGGCGCUGAGGGCCCAGCAGCAGGAGGAGCACAUCACCAGGAAGUUGCUGGAGCAGAGGGAGGAGGAGCUGCAGCAGCAGCUGAAGGCGCUCAGACUCAAAGAGGCGUCUCUGAACAGAACCAACUCUGAGCUGAGUCUGAGGAGCCAACAGCUGGACACACGUCUGGUGCUGCUGGAGAGUGAACUGAGCAAAGCCAGAGAGGAGGUGAAAAGCAGCCAGCAGUCGACUCUCAAACUGCAGGAGGAUCUGGCAUCUAGUCACUCCGAGAAUGAGCGACUCCAGUCAGAAGUGCAGCAGGUUCUCCUCCAGAUGGAUUCAUACAUCAGGAAGUACAAUGAAAAGCAGAGCCAACACAAGACGAAGCUGCGCCAGGCCAAACAGGUGUAUUUGAAAGCCACAGCCCAAAGAGACCGACUCAUUCAGAAACUGGAGAACGACCUGCUGCUCGCCUCCAGCCUCUGCCACAAGGAGAAGGAGCGCACAGACACGGUGAUGCAGGAGAACGAGAAGCUGCUGGAGGAGAGACGAGAGCUGCUCCAGAAGAUCAGCGAGGCCGAGGAGAUGGGCAGCAAAGGCAUGAGGACGGCCUCCACCAUCGAGCACAAAGUAAACGUGUUGGAGGCUGAGAAUCGGCAGCUGCAGGAGCGGUCUCUGAAACUGUCCAAUCAGGUUUGUUCUUUGGAGCGCGCCCUGAGGAACGUGCAGUCCCUCUACAAUCUGGAGAAGAAACAGACUCAAGAUGGUUUUAGUGAGCUGCACACAUCAUCUAUCAGUUUCUCCUCCGCCCCGCGCGAGAAGCUGGACAUCUUGGACGCUCUUUGUCGUGUGAAAGUGGACGGGACACGCCUCUCCUCCCACAGCUUCACCGAGCAGAGUUACCUGAACCUCACCUCCCCCGUGGCCCCUCCCCCCAACGCCAAAGACCCCGAGGACGGACCCCCGAACCAGGACAAGACCUGAACUCAACCAGGUCUCAAUCCCAACUGGUACAGGGCCCCGAACAAGCUGUAGCAUCUACCACAAGACAGAAGAAGAAAUCGUGGUGAGAGUAAAUGCGUAAAAAGCAAUCGUAAAGGCUUAAAAUGCGUCUCGGCUCAGGUAUCAUCCAUUGUAUUAAAGGGCCCAUAUUACGCUUUUAACUGAUCAAUGUUUUAAUGUCGUUUCCUCAACACAAACAAACCUGGAGUUGUGUUUUGUUUCAUUCACACAUAUUUAUGCAUAUUUAGGCUGAGUUCUUCUUUUCAAAAUUCAAAACUGGGACACACUCGGGUUGGGAUGGUUGGUUUAAAUAAAAUUGUGAAAAGAGCUCAUAACAUUGUCCAUUCUUAACUCACUUGUUGUGGGUCAUAAUCUGAAGGACUUCUGUCUGUGUAUUUUUUUGCCUUAUGCUCGUUUUUAAGUUCAGUUUUCUGUGUUUUAGCUCAACAAAUGACAUUAUAUUGCCCCUUUUUAUUGUUGGUGUGUAUCAGAUUGGUCAAAAUAAGGAAACCUCGGACAUUUCUUGUAUAAAACUGGGAUGAAUCAGUGGUUUUAGAUAAAUAAGCUGAGACAGGGAAACGGCUCAAAACUGGGACUGUCCUGGGACAAAGAUCCAGAGGUGGGGACUUGCAAUUCGUGACUCGAGUCGAACUUGAGUCACUAUAUUUAGCACUUGAGACUUGACUUCGUAAAAUAGACUAAGACUUGGGACUCGACUCGGACUUGAGGCCUGUGACUUGAGAAGACUUGAUGCUUCUACUAAAAAAAUAUAUGUUUUUAGAAAAUACUUUUCUCUUUACAGGUGAUAAAUGCAGUGAUUAAUUUUACAGGAACAAACUGGAACAUGCCCUUCCCCCUCUGUUUGUUACUAUGGCAACAGCAACUGAAGUACUGUGAUGUAGUAUUCUCAAAUGCACUACAGUAAUUAAUAUACAUUACAAUACAGUAAAACAAAGGUAAUUACAUGCAGACGGUGCAGAGUACAUUACAAUAUAAUUGGAAUUUAACAUCUUAAUUCUUUCUAUUCUGACCGUAAUGAUUCACACUAAGAUCUUGUCAAGACAUUUAAAAAGGAAAAAAUAGGAUUUCUACAACUCUUAUAAAUACCCAUAUAUAAAUACACCAUGACUUUUUAAGUACAAUUCAGUUUAAAAGUCAUAUAAGUUGCAAAAAUCUAAGCUAUAUUUGGUUUAAAGGCUUGAAAUGACUUGAAGCUUAAAGCAGACGACUUGGACUUGACUUGGACUUAUGAGCCAGUGACUCGAGAUUCGACUUGGACUUUCCUGGCUUUGACUCGGGACUUGACUCAGACUUGAGGCCAAAGACUUGAGGCUUACUUGGCCCGACCGCUGCAAAGAGCGACGUCUGGUCACCCUCGAAACCUUCACUAGAAUAAUUUGGAUAAUUUCAGCCCCGGAAUUGCCCUUUUCUACUGAACUAAAGAUAAAAGGUCACUGUUAACUUGAAAACUACUGCUUCAUGACAUCACAAGGUGGAACAGAGCAUUUUGAGCUUUAUAAAUGUACACAGACUAAUAAUAAAGGAUUACUCAAAUGUGUGAAUGAAACAAAACACAACUCCAGGUCUGUUUUUCAUUAAAUAAUAACAUUAUAACACAACUUAAAGCUCACAAUUUUGCGUAAUAUUGGACCUUUAAAUAUUGUGGUGGAAUAAUAAUCAUGAUUUUAGGCACUUUGACCGUCACUUGUGGCCUCUGUGGUAAAUGAGUUUAAUGUACAGCGUCGCCAGUCACCGUUAAUAGUUUACGCAGCUUUGGACUUUUUGGUACAAUGAAUUUUGGUAAAACUAUUUGUAAAAAACCUUGUAAAUACUGAGAUGUUUGACACGAGCACUUUAUACUUUUUUAUAGUACUACUUUCAUUUGUUUACAUGACGAUGGAGGAUGUAGCAACAGAAUAAUAAUAAUAAUAAUUGUCCUAGAAACAGCUGAAGUAUUUGGUUUUGUGUCAAAUCUUGUUUUACUACGAAGAUUCAAGAAUACGGAGAAACACUAUACACUGAUCAGCCGACUGACAUUUGUUUGUUUAAAGGUCCACUCCACUAGAAAUGUUACGCAGUGCACCUUUAAUUAACAUCUUUUAUAAGCUCUAGUAACCGAGAACCUCAUUUUCUUCUUGUUCUUUUUUUUUUUUUAAUUAAAUCAUAACCGUACAGUACAAAAUUCUUAAAGUGUUCUGGUAAGCGGUACUUUUGCCCACUUAAGUAUUAUAUUUUUCUUUUAACUUUUAAUUUGUGCCACAGUUAAAACAGAUAAUACAAAACAAAACAAAAUAGCUACGUAAAUAUCAAAUGUCUCACUGUAACUGAAUUUAUCUGUUUGAAGUUUUAGGCUUGAUGUACGAUUUCUUAAAACUGUGAGCUUUAUGAUAGUUUUGCAUUAAAAAUAAUCAUCUUAUCAAACAAUGUAGGUUUAGUAAAUAAGUAUACAGCAUGUGGAGACGGAGAACUACUGAAAUCAAGUCUGAAUUCAUGUGUUUUAAUGAAUGUGAAAAUUCCUUUUGUCGUCAAAGGCUGUUCAGUGUGUAGUCGCAUGGUACUUAGCCAUGUUUUCAUCAGUGGUAUUCUCCUGUAGUGCUUCUGAGCGCUUCUUUUAUACAAAUCUGCAAAGAAAAAAUGUCGUGAAGCAAAAGCACUUGUAGUUUAAAUGCUUGGAUUACCGACACGUUUCUUCAGAAGUGUGAGUGUUUUCUACCACUGUGUGUUUUUUUGUAUUAAGAGUUCAUGAUCACGUAAAAUGUGCCUGAAACGAUUCACUUGGACUCGCUGCUGCGUCUUAAAACAGAAGCCUAAAAGCAACAAACGAGGAUCAGACUCUGUAUUCUGUAAAUAUGUUUUGGGAAAUAAAGUAUUUUCAUAAAUAAA